AUGGUUGCGCAUUCGGAUGAUGAAGUGGUUCUACUGGAAACAGUCCAACUACAACUGGUAGAUGAUCAUGGCAAUAAACAUACAGCACGAGCACUGUUAGAUUCCGGAUCGAUGUGCAACUUUAUCUCCGAAUCUAUGGCCCAUCGACUGUUGACACCGCUGUCCAAAGUAAGCAUUGCUGUAUCGGGUAUAGGGCAAAUCAAACAGCACGUGAAGGGUUCCAUCACAGCGACCGUUCGAUCGCUAGGAGAAGACCUCCAUUCGUCAAUGGAAUUUCUAGUGCUCAAGACUCCGUCAGCUGAAAUUCCAACCAUUCCCUUAAACAUUGCGAAAUGGAACAUCCCAAACGUACAGUUGGCAGACUCGUCUUUCCACGUUCCGGGAAAGGUCGAUGUUGUAAUUGGUGGAAACACGUUCUGGGAGAUACAUACUGGAAGAAAACAGUCAUUGGGUAACGGAAGGCCAUGGCUGAUAGAAACUGCGUUUGGAUGGGCGGUCUCGGGGAAUACUUCCCAACUUGCUGGCCCCAAUCUACGAUUGUGUCACACGGCCGCCAACGAAGGUGCCAUCGAACGCUUGCUCCAGCGGUUUUGGGAGGCUGAGAGUAUUAUGGAAGGUCCUGCCUUGUCAAUUGAGGAGGACAUGUGCGAAAAACAUUACGUAGUUACCACGAGCCGUAAUGCACAAGGUCGCUACAUUGUGUCUUUGCCGCGAAGCCCCAAACCUGAAAGAACGCUGGGUUUGUCAAAAGAGAUAGCAGAUCAUCGUUUACUGGGUGUAGAACGUCGACUGAAGGCCAAUCCUGAAAUGGAAAGGGAAUAUAUUAAAUUUAUGAGAGAGUAUGAGUCAUUGGGACACAUGAUCAAACUCACGGAACCCGUUGAUGACAACAAACCACAUUGCUACAUUCCUCAUCACGCGGUAGUCAAAGAGACCAGUACAACAACCAAGGUGCGUGUUGUUUUUGAUGCAUCCUGCAAAACAACAUUUGGCUACUCGCUAAACGAUACUCUGCUGAUUGGUCCAACAGUGCAGGAUGAUCUGCUUACAAUCAUCCUACGCUUUCGAAAACACGCUGUCGCAAUAGUGGCAGACGUAGAGAAAAUGUACCGGCAGAUUCGUCAUUAUGAAAACGAUCGAAAUCUAUUGCGCAUACGUUACCGUGAAUGUCCCUCCGAUCCCAUUUCCACGUAUGAGUUGCAAACGGUGACCCACGGUACCGCAACAGCACCAUUUCUAGCUACUCGAACGCUACAACAAAUUGCGCACGACCACAAACAACAAUACCCUUUGGCAGUCGACCCAGUGCUACAUGACUUUUAUGUGGAUGAUUUGUUGACUGGAGCAGAAGAUGUAGUAGAGGCCGUUGGAAUGCGAACGCAAAUUUCGCAAAUGCUUGAAUCGGCAGGUUUCCUUUUGAAGAAGUGGGCAUCUAACGUCUCCGAAGCGCUUGAAGGAGUUCCGAGCGACGAUCUAGCGAUCAAACCAGUUCUAGACUGGCAGGAAGAUCAAGCGAUUUCAACAUUGGGCUUGAAGACCUGCAGCUACACGUAUUCGCUGAUGCUUCACAAGGAGCAUAUGGAGCAUGCUGCUAUGUACGAGCAGUAUCCGCAAUAG